GGAGUCGAUGGAGGCCGAACGCCAUGACGUAUUGUAUAAUAUAUGUAUUUGUAGUAGAUGUUUUUAUGGUAGAUAUAUUUAUAGUAGAUGUAGUUAGGUGGUUGUUGGUGCUGCCGUUUUAUAUCAAAAGAUUUUUUAAAGUCAAAUCUUGACCUGACAUGGCUAAACGUGGGGCUGAGGUUGGAGAUGGUGAGUGAUUUUAAGGCGCUUUUUUUGUUGUUGGUAAUCAAAGACAACUAUGCCCAACUUGUGGCAGAAAUUUAGUGAUGAAAAAUGUUGGUGAACUUGCAAUUUGUGGUCUUAAUGUAGCUUGCAAGGUUGCCUUUAUCGCGCAAAGCCAGUGCUUUUUUUGUCCGUUUUUGUUGCACACAUACGUGAGGGAACAAAAGCAAAAGACCGUUAGUCUUCGCCUUUCUCCUUAGGGAAUGUUGGAGGAGUGUUCUUUGUAUGGAAUUUGUAGCUCUUUUUCUGAAUAGAAGUCUUUUGACAGGACCUUUGGUUAUGGUCAUCUUCAUGACUCGAAAAACAAUGUCGAAAUACUGGGUUAGUAUGUUCUCGUUAACUAGAAAUACUUUCAACUCGGAAAUGUGUUAUUUGAUGGGACAAGAUCAAUUAUUUUUAUCAAAACUUGAUCGGUAAAUAUUAUAUUGACUGGAUGAACGCCUAAAAGUCUUGGGGGUCUUCGGCCUCAUUUUGUGACAUUGCUUGAAAGCUUCCAGAAAGUCACAGAGAAAUCCAGGAUGAUGGUAAUCCGUAAUCCAACUCCUUUAAACUCUACAGAAUGAUAAAUGCAUACCUCAGAUCAUAGUUAGCUACUAACUAUGCUCAGAUGGCCUAGAAAAACAGUACAAAGUAAUAUCCUGGGUUUAUUUAAAUUCUGCAAUCCAAACCUUUUUUUGCCUGCUAUUUUCCUCUCCUAUGUUAUCUUUUGCCUCACAGUCGCUCAAUAAAUAUUUGCAUUUUGAUGCAAUGAUCUUUGUUUACAAGGUUUUCUCUUGCUUGCAUCUGACAUCAAACUUCUAAACUUUUGCAUCUCAAAACCAUAUACCUCACAAUACAUUUUAUAUACCAAAAGUUUUCUUGACUGUUUGAAAUUAAGGAUAUGUGAAAUGACUUCAGUGAGUUUCCUUUUGUACAAUAAGCACAGGGUUAUUUUUGUCCACCAAAGUGUUACUGAUUGAUCCAGCAGCUGAUGUUUACAUAAUAUAAUUGAAUUUAAUCGGUCAGACUGCAACUAGCCUGGCCAAUUUAUGUGUGGCUUCUAAGGCUCAGGCAAGGUUGUUACAACUAAUUUCAAUAGUGUCAUUUGCCUGAGUGAGUGAGUGACUCAUUUGCAUAUGGGAGUUUCUUUGCGUUGGUACCACAAGUUAAAAUAAGGUUACCAAAGAUUUCAUAUAGAAAUAAAGUGGUGUAAUUUCCUCUGAUUCCUUUUCAAUUGUUGAAUAGAGAAGCAUUAGGAUGUAUGUUGCUCACCAUUUGCCAUUUGCUGGAAGUGAACAAGUAGCAACCAAUUGUUUUGGUAGCCAAUUUGUCACUCUUUUGCCAAUCAGAUCAUGACAUGAUCUCACACAUAAACAAGUUGGGCUACACAGUAUUUUGUUCAGAGCUGGCCUUCACAAGAUUUGAAGUGUAGGUUUGGUUUAAAAUCAUUUGAAUUUUUGUGGUUACUGCCUUCAAUAGGAGGCAAAGCUGCAUAUGUCGUCAAGAUGAGUGAGUGAAUGAGAGUAACAGUAGAGUUCCGAUCUCGACCCAAUUUUGACCACAUGCUUCCAAGUGCUAUUCAGUUCUUGCUGUGACACUACGGAAGACAGAAGAAGACAACAACCAUCUCAAUCAUUUCUGGAUUGCAUGCAAUUAAAAACAAAAGUUUUUCUUGCAGAAAUAUCUUUAGUUAAUAGGUGUGAUCAGGGCAUAACAAAACUUAAAAGAAAAUGUUUUUUUGGAAGAAAGAGCAUUUUACUGUUUAAAUCUGAUACAACAAAUUAUAGAGAUCCAAAGAUAUGAACUAUUUAGUUCCUCCUGUGACACUAAAAGAGACUAAACUUGUCAAAAUAAUUUCACAAUGGUAUCCAUCUACACAUAAUUUAAAUCCAGACUUUCUUUGCAGAAAUUUCACAAUAGAUGUGAUCUGCACAUCAUGGAAGCCUUGAUGAAUUAUUUUUUCUUUGAAAAAAGAGAAUUUUACAGUUUGAAUCAGCAACUUAUGCGGAAAAGAGCAGCUAAAUUUGCAAGCAAGCUGCAAAAUAUGAUACCUCGAGUUAUUCAACAGAAUUAUAGAAUUGAGGAACAGGGGAUUGGUAGAAUGAUGGAAUAUCUUAAGACAUGGAAUGAUGGAAUGUCCUUCAAUGCAAAAUGCCUUUUUGUAUGAAACAAAACUCUCAAGAAAGGAAUUGUAAUAAUAUUAGGAAAUUUAUUUAUGAUUAACCGGCAAAAUUAAAGUAACAGUGAAGUAAUCACUGUUGGAGACCAAAGGAUUAGGGAACAAUGAGUCUUUUGAGCUAGCCUCUAAUAUGUAUAUAUAAUUGUUUUAUUAUUAUUGUUAUCAUUGUGAUUAUUGUUGUUAAUGAUAUUAUUUGUUACCAUCUAAUUAUUUGUUGGAUGUCAAUUAAAUGAUAUAUUCAUCUUUCUCUGAUAGAAUAGUGUACUUAUAAAUAUGUGGGAUGCAGCAGGUUUUCUGUUUUGCAUGUGACAAAUAUUCUGCAACACUACCUUCUACUGUUAUUAUACAACCUUUAGUUCUUUUCAUUGCUAUAAAAAUUUUGUUAUGGCCGUAGCCAUGUGCAGACUUUGACUGUGUAUUUUUUUAUUAAUGUACAUAUAUAUUUGACGGUUUGUAAAAUGCCCAAAACUUUUUAAGUCAAGUCAUUAGAAUACUUUGCUUUAAACUUUUUUGUUUUGUUUUUUUCACAGUUAAAAAUGAGGAAGGAAGGGCUGAUUCAGAACCAAUGUCCCAGAGAAGCAAUGUUGGCGAUGAACAACAAGUCAAUGAUAUGCAAGGGGUUAUGUUGCACAGUAGCAAUACUGGCAUAACACAAGAACUUGAGGACGUUUCAGACCUUAGUUAUGGCAUUGGAGCAACCACAACUCAAAGUUGUGGUAAGUGAUACAAUGUAAUAAAAUAUCAAUAGUAUGGUCUCCACUGUCACUGUCACACUUAUUAUUAGAUUAUGAGCUAGAGACAUCCAUCAUGAGAUAGUAGAUGAGGUGGAGCUCGAAUCUACCAUCAUGCACAGGAAUAGAAAGUUGAUUUCUAAUUAAGUCUACCACUCCUUGAACAUCACUUUUCAGGCUGCAGAAGUCAUCAAUUUAAAAGUAGAGAGAUGGGGUUGAAUUACAUUGACUCUACUUUGUCCAGGUUUUUUCCUUAGACUAACAAACAUUAUGUUUGUUUAUUUACAGUUAGAAUGGAGCCAAAGGAAAUAUCCAUUACGGUAAAGACUUUUGCUUUGUGGUGAAUGUGUGGCAAUUCCUCGUAUUUGACUUGAGAAAAUUAAGAGGAAUUGGACAUGUUUUGUUUUGUAGUUGUUGUUGUUGUUUUAGUAUUUGUUUUUCUUUCUUUUUUUUUCUUGAUGAUUGUAAGAUCCGAUGGCUAUUUCCCUUAACCCUUUAACUCCCAGGGUCUGAUUUUUAAUUCUCCCCUCAAGCUGUUACACAUUACUUUGUAAUUUAGUUUGGAGAAUUUGGUGUUAGAUUACAAUAACAACUUCUACCUGAUAAGUUUGAGUAUUCUCAUUACCUGUUUGCUGAACCAAGUGUGAAUAUUGUGGGGAAGAAGUUACAUGUUAAUCACUUCUGGGGGUUAAAGGGUUGAGUGUCCUUCUAUGGAAUGGAUGUAAUUACCACCUUGUUAAUCAUUUUCUAAGUUAUUGUUACUGCUUGUGCACAGCUGCGAAAAAAUUCUCCUAGCAAUUACUUGGCAGAUAACUUGCAUGCAGAAAUGUAACUUAAAUAAACCCCCACCUCUUUGUGUGUCUUUCGGUUUGAUAUUUUUUUAUCAGAUACACAUACUCUUUGGCUAGACACUGUAUUGAAACAGCAGACAGCGGGAAGCAUAAAAAAACAGAUCAUUCUUUGUUUAACGGUAUGUGGCGUGACAGAUCUCCCUUUUUCUACAUGGCGUGACAGAUCGCUCUUCAUAACAUAAUGUGACACUGGCCUAGUGUGACCUAUUUUAUAUCACAUAGCCACCCAGAUGAAGCCUUAAUCAUCCAUUGUGUGUUUCAGCAAUUAUUACAGCAUGAAAUGCUGUUCGUCAUGGUUUUUCCCGAGGCCCUUCCAAAUGAUGUCAAAGAUGCCUAUGCAAGCUUUGGCGACAUGCUGGUGGUAAAACUGAAAAAAAAGAAUGAUUUUAAUCUGAUUGGCACUGUUCCUGGUAAGUACAUGUAUCAAGUGUUUCUGUCUUUCCCGUUGCUAGGAAGCAGCGUUUCUCAUCAAGCCUUUCAUUCCAUGCCUUCCAUAACCUAAAAAGAUCUGUGUUGUGCCUUUUGUAACUUAUGUGAGAAAGAUCAAAACUAAGAACCAACUAUUUUCGCCAAAAAGAUUUUGUAGACUCCUUUAUUUAGUAUCAAGGGUAUUAUCCCGUUGCCAUCAGUACUCAUCUUACAUCCCUUGGUUUAACACGACAGGGAGUAUCACCACACCCCCUACAAGGAAAGCUAGUCUAAAAAAAUGCUAACGCUCGGAAAUUUGCUUACUUUUUCCGGACUGUUUGCUGUUUCUCCAGGUCUCGAACCCAGACCUCUCGACUGGGGGUGCAGCGUUGGGCCGUGAGACGUUCAAAUAAUUUUCACUCUUCUGAAAUACAUCCAUUUACAUUAUGUAUGACACGAUAUUUUUCCUAUUUGAGCUUCAGCUCCUUUAAAACCUGGCAAAGUUAAGGUGAGAGUAACAUCCUCAGCUGGUGACCACCUUGGAGAAACUUGGUUUGAGUGUUUGGACAAGACUCGAGAUAUGUUUGAGAAGCUGAAGGAUGAUCCCAACUUGCAGAGGUUAUUUUUCACUCUCUUGAACCAACAUCAUACCGAUACUACACCCGGUUUGUUGUUAAGAUGUUCUAUUAUAAUUGUAAUGAUGUUGAUUCUGGCGAGCUCUUCAACCCGUUAUCAGUAAACUUUUGAGACAAAUUUUGUGUUACACACCCACCUGGAACCAGUACAACGGAUGCAGUUCAACGAGUACCACCCCUGGUACAAUGCUCUAAUAAAUCUAGGCAAGCCAUCCAACCAAAGUAAUCACAAUAGCCAAUCAGAACAAAGAAAGAGAGAACUGCCAAAAGUGUGAACAAGUGAAUGUACUGAGGCACGCAGAAACUUGUUUAAUCCCCCCAGUCAUGGCAUCUUGGGCAGAUUCCUAGCUUUAUGUCUGUUUAGACAAUAAAACCGGAUACAGUAUUUCAAGACUCGAGUAAGAGCUGACCUUCACAAGAUUUUGCCCCAAGGGUUUUGAAAGUGGUGUGAAUUUAUAACAAUAAGAAUUUCUUUUUGUUUUACAGAAUGCACAAAAAGCAAAAGUGGAUAUGAUGGUGAUGAUGAAGACUCGUCAUCUGAUUCAUCAGACAAUGGAAACCAGGGUAAUGUACUAGAUAUGUGAGACUAAUUACUGCUGGUAUAUUACUUAACUUGUCUUAAGGUGUUGAGUUUGUUUAUCCAUCCAUGGAAAGCAUUUUGUUACCAGUUUUUAUCUGAUUUGAUUUGAUUAGGAGACUAAGAACAACUCCUCCAACAAAAACUCCAACAAAAACUCCUCCAACAUCUCCUCAGGAGAUGUUGGAGGAGUUUUCUUAGUAUGGAAUCUGUGGCUCCUCUUCUGAAUGGUUGAUGGUCAUUUUUAAGACUCGAAAAACUGAAAUUUGGGUCAGUAUGUUCUCAUAAACCAGAGAUAUUUUUUUUACUUGGAAAUUUGAUAUUUUAUAGGACAAGAUCAGAUACUAUUAACAAAACUUGCGUUGUUGAGAUUAAAUUGACUGAAGGAAUACCAAAAGGUCUUGGGGUUCUUGGUCUCAUUUUUAGUAUUCUUGAGCAGAUUCCUAGAUUACCAAUACAACUGGAUAGAGUUUCAAAAAUUCAAUAAGAGCUGGCCUUCACAUGUUUGGUUUAAAAUAAUUUGCAAUAGAAGGCAUAGCCCCAUGAGUGAGUGAGUGUAACGAUAGAAUUUCGAUCUUGACCUAAUUUUGACCUGAUAUUUCCCAAUUCAGAACCAAUGCGGAAGAGAGGCGAUGUUGGUGAUGACCAACAAGUGAGUGAAAUGGAACGGGUAAUGUUGUACAGUGGCGAUACUGGCAUAAAUCAAGAACUUGGCAACCUGUCAACUCCAAGCAGUUGUAAGUGGUACAGUGCAAUAGAAUAUCAAUAAUGUGGUCUCUACCUUUCUUCACUGUCAUGCUCAUUAACAAUUGGACUUUUGAGCUGAAGGUAUCACCAUGAGAUAGAAGGUGAGGGCGAAGCUCGAAUCUACUAUCACGCACAGGAACAGAAAGUCGAUUUUCUAAUUGUUUUAGUGCAAGUUUAGCAAUCCUUGGACAUUACUUUUCAAGCUGGAGAAUAUCAAGUAAAAGUACAGAAAUGUUAUUAUUUCAAAUCUCUUACCUAGUCGAGGUAUGCAGAGGCAAGCUGCACGUCACUGAUUUAUAGAUAAGAGUGUUAAACCCUCUAUUGACUAUUGGUAACUGUCGUAUAACAUGACAAGUUUAUCAAUAUCACUAAACUUGCUAUUUUCAGAGGCAUUAUAUUCGUUGCACAUGCAGUUAUUAGCAUUUACAUAUUGUUUUCAUGGGUGAAAACUGUAAUUCCUCUUCAUAAGAAUCUUUGAAAAUUAAAUUCUUUGGGAACGAAAAGGAAAAACUCACUGUAAGAGUUGUAAAAUCAGCACCAAAAUAAUAUCAACCAAUAAGAACAAAGUAAAACAUUUCAAGGAGCCAAUCAGAGCUCAGGGUAGAAACAAAUAAAUGGUACAAAGCACCGGAAAAUGAGAGUGAUCUGGUUGCAAGUGGUUUUACUUUUGCAUCUGAUUGGUUGAGAGGGUAACACAAGUUUUCUAGUUGUCUAGAAGAGUAAAACCAAUUUAAUUCUGGAUUAAUUCUAUACGUAAUUGAGUAUAAAUACUUCUGCUGUUUGUUUCCCUGAUUACGUUAAAUAGACGAUUUUUGCAGUGUGCAGAAUUCGUGGUUGUAAUUAAUGCGGGUAUCUUACUGGUUUGGCCAAUGACGAAUAGUUUUCACAUCUUUAAGAUAUUCCUCCCUCUCUCUUAAAGGUUUUUUUAGUAUUGAACGGUAAUUCUAACCUAUAUUUCUACCAUCGUUCGCCGAAACUUAUUUCGAGUUCCGUUUGUCGUCGCUUCUUUCGUCAUCCUAUAAAAGCGGUCGUUGCGACAAUGCAGGAUGCUCGGUUCGAAUAUAAAAAAGCGCGAGCUCCGCAGAGAUAUGACCGAUUUUACUAUUAGGUAAAUUAAAAGGCUCUGCCUGAGAGUGAAAGGUCGCGUCUCUGACCUAAAAAUAUGAACGAGGAUUGAAUGAAAUCAAGCCAUCCUUUUGUUUCUUGCCAUUUUUCUAAGCUGAUUAAACGUGGCUUUUAGUUUUCACUGACGGGAAGGCAAUAAAGCAAUAAUAUGCAUCCAUAUUUUUGGGUUAAGGUUAUUACCGUUCACCUCGUACAAAUCCUUUCAUGUUAGGGAGGCUCGUUGCUCGAGUUUGGUCUACCUGUACAUAAACAAAACUAAACGAAACUCUGUGUUUUAAUUUCUAUUCAGUUUUGUGCCGUGUAAACGAGCAGGAGCCUGAUGAUACCUGUCGUGACCGACCGGAGAUAGGGCCAGAUGAUCCGCAGCAAGACCCGUUAUCUGUCGGCGAAAGCUUGCAAUUUGACCAGCAUCCGUCCGCAGAAAAGACGGGACGAAGUGAAGAGACAAGCGGAAAUCGGAAAAGUGACUGAUCAUCACCUCAGCAGCAGGGCUGAUCUUUCAUGUGAUGGAAUCUGAAAUGGUUCAUAACUGCAGAUAUAAGGUCGGUAGAGGAUUGAGGGCCUGAGGAACAGUGAGCACAGAGGAUCAGUACUGUAGGACCUGAGGAACAGUGAGGACAGAGGAUCAGCACUCAAGGACCAAGGGUUUUAUUAGAAGCCGGGUACCGGCACCCGUCUACUUUGAUCAGAGUACCCGGCUACUUAAAGUACGAAAUGAAAAAAAGAAAAUCGUCAUGAAAAAAAUUAUCAACCUCAUCUAAAUAUUAACUCUUCCCUGUAAGUUUAAAACAUUUUUUCUGCACUUAUUUAUCAAUUACUUGCCAUCAGAUCGUGGAGAUAAAAUUUACUUGAAUGAAAAAGGCGCUGCGCGAUAAUGGCGUUCUUAGGACUGUCUCUUCCUAAAGUGCCAAAUUUGCUAUUUUAUAACUCUUACACGUGACGUGCCAUAAAGGCAAGGCGUUCUGCGGAGUCAUCGUGGCAAACAAAUGUAAAACUCGUGCAAGAACUCAUUUGCACAAGAAAAAUUAAAUUUAUGUUUCCAGUUUUAAUUCGAUUACAGCCGCUGGAAAGGUUUUUCGAAAAAUUACGUACGCUUUCUACGUUUUCCAUUAUUUAAACUGUUCUAAAACACUUUGUAUUUUUCUGAAAUACAAUUCGGAAUAUAAAAUAAACAACAGGAGAUGAAUGUCGCCGUAAAAGAUGCUCAUCAGUUGACACGUGCGUCUCAAUAAGCCAACAUUUUGUUGGCUUUAAAGCUUAAAUAUUCCGAGCAAUUGAAAGAAACGUUCCAAUUUAAUUUUCAUUCAAGAUAAAGUCCAUGUGGCUUUUGUAAAGCCCAUCAGAGGUUUUGUAAAAAUUGUUUUCGGCAAGGGCUAAUUGUGUAUCAGACUCCAAUGUUCCAUCAAGAUUUGUUUUUAAUUUUUAACUGCUAGGUGGCGCAUGGUGACCAAAGGCAUUAACGUAAUUGACAAGGGCUCUGACUUUGAAUUUUCUUAAACUACAAAAAGUGUUGUCAGUUUCACUCUUUAUCAGUUUAUCAGUUAAAGCAAACUUGUAACUGCAAGAAGAAAGGAAGCUCUGAGAACAAGAGCAGUGUUUUGACGUAGCUAUAGCUGUGUAGUGAAAUAAACAAAUUCUCCCAGAGUACCAUUAUUUCUUUUACUAUAAUUAGAGUAAGUAUGAGUCAUUCCAGGAAAAUUUCUUUACCAGAUUGCAGUAAAAUGUGCUUCUGGGAGACUUUAGUUCUAAACGUUUCGAGGGGAGAGCAUGCCCCCAGACCCCCCAAGAGGUUCGGGCCUUCGGCCCUCAAUUUUACAGUGCACCUGCCCACUCACAAGGUAGUGCCCUUCUACUUCAAAAGUAAAUGAAAACCCUGUCUAGGACCUGAGGAACACUAAGGAUAGAGGAUCAAUAUUGUAGGACCUAAGGAACUGUGGGGACAGAGGAUCAGAACUGUAGGUCCAGAGUAACAGUGGUGACAGAGGAUCAGUACAGUAAGACCAGAGGAACAGUGGGGACAGUGGAACAGUACUGACAGAGGACCAGAGUAACAGUGGGAACAGAGGACCAGAGGACAUUUUGUUUGUCAGCUCUUUGCCUUUGCACCCAAAGGUUGAUUUGGUUGAUAGGAUAGCCUAGCGAGGCUUGUUUUGUUCCUAAAUUUCCCCUCUAAAUUUUUUCUGGACACUUAGACAAACUCAAAGUUACUUGACGUCUUUCACAGAAGGGUUAUUUAGCUUUGUGUUAGACGCUCUCGUCUCACGGGUUCUCAAGCGAUGUGGAAGUGGUUGAUAGACAACCGUCCUGUCAACACCACCAUCUCGUCUUUCCUUUAACUUGACAUAAAUGGGGAAAAAUCGACUUGGUUGUCUGCAUCUAUCUCUUUUUGGUGUCUUAGUUUGCCACUGCAUGCAGUAUCUUUUUUUCGGCGAAGACCGGUGAAAAAAAAUUAAUCCUACUACUAUGUUGUGUUAAAAUACUUCUCAAAAUAUGCGCGAAUCUAAAGUGUUACAAGUUUAUGUCAGUAGUUACUCUCUAAUAAAAAUAUCUGUUGACUAAUAACAGCCGCGUAGUCUCUCCGUUUUUUUGUAAAUAAAAAUCACAUUGAUGGCACCCACACCCAGGUGUUUUGGAGAGUUUUUCGUGCUACCUGCUUUCAUUCGACUACCACCCCCCAUCACAUUUCGGCAGCAUAUGUAGCCUACGUGUAGACGUACCCUCCCCCGCUCGCCUCCGUUUCCCCUUGGCGGAGGGAGGGUACGGCUACACGUAGGCUACAGUAUAUCGAUCAAUCACCCCUCGGUAGAAAUUUGGGUUUUAGCCAGCCUUUUGUUUUCUUUCACCACGGUUUCCCAUUUGUAAAUUGCUUGGUGUGAACUCUGGGUUAGCAAAGUGUGACCCCUCUUUAAAAAAUUCUUUCCGUCCCACUUUAUUUUGUACGCGUCGCAGACAUGAGUCAUUUGGUUUCCCCUCCCCCCCCCCCCCCCCCCCCCACUGUGUACUGGAACUCGGUGUCAUAUUUCAGUUGACAAAACGACAGCAGUCGCAGCGACAACCUUAAUAUUCCUCUUUCAUGCCCAAACUAUAAAUUUUCUUAACCCUUUACACCCUAACAUCAGUAAGUAUCUUCUCCAAACAUAUCCUGAGAUGCCGACUUGGAGAAUUUGUCAAACAAUCAAAGCUCUUUUAGUCGGUGAUGAGCUCCUUUAUUCUCCUGACCUUAAUGUUUGAUUCAAAUCAAAAUUUGCCAAGAGUAACUAUGGGAGGCUGGUGGAAUCAAGCCGCCAGAAGGAGAAAUUAUUGAACUGAUUCAAAACUCACCAAAAGCCUAGGGAUUUUGCGCAGGGUUAAACAGAUAUAUAUAUAUAAUAUAUAUAUAUAUAUAUAUAUAUAUAUAACCAUGAAUUUAUAUAAUAAGCUGGUUCUGAACUCAAGCCGCCAUAUAUGAGUCAUCAUUUAAUUUUUUUUAUUCUUUUGCUCAAAACUAGAUUCGUUCAGUAUACUGAUGACGUCAAAAUGUGGUAAGAACAAAAAAGUGGCACACGAGGCACAGCCGAAGAAUUAAAGAAUUAAAUAUACGGAAAAAAGUUUGAAUGAUGACGUCAUCUAUAAGUCUGUCCUCCAAUAGAUAUAUAUAUAUAUAUAUAUAUAUAUAUAUAUAUAUAUAUAAAUAUAUAUAUUUUACCAGACGUUUUGGUGUGUAGUAUCACUGAGUAUCUUUACGAGUUACGCCGAAUUUUGACGAGACCGUAAGGCGAGUUAAAAUACAAACAACGAGUAAAAAUACUCAGUGAUAGUACACACCAAAACUUCUUAAAAGUUAUUCAUUAUCCAACUGCAUUUUUCUCUUCGAUUUUUUUUCAGGUCUCAUUUCCACUACUAGUUCAGUAGUAUUCAUAGCUGCGAGGAUCGCUUAGAUCUCAUUUCUUCACCGCAGUGCACAUAUAUGAUUUUCAUAUAUUUCCAGUCAUCUUUCUGCACAUUUCUCAUAAGGCGGGAAGAGCAAAGCAGAUAGAAAAGCGUAGCGUGCACUUCCGAUUGGUUGAUAAACAGGUUUUUUUUAAGGUACAAAAUAAUCAACUGUCCAAACAACCGUUCAAUAUCGUAGGAUAUUUGUACUCUACUCGCGCGUUAUUUUACUAUACUUUGUGCAGUUGGAUAAUUGGAUAAUAGGGCACAGUUAUUCGCAGAUACUCUGGAUAAACAAUACAAUGCCACGAAACUUCUCAUGUGAAUUUGUCCGUUUUGCAUAUAAUCCACAUUAUGUUCCGGGAUUCCCAAAACCCUGGUUCCAUACAAAAAUUCCUCUCACUGCUGGUCUUUCUAGAAGAAUUUCAUCCUUAUUUCCUGCUUGUACCGGUCCAAAAUAAUUUUCGGUCAGAACUUUCACUCAGAAGAAAUGAAACUAUUUCAAGUUUAUGAGACGUUUUGGUGUGUAGUAUCGCUGAGUAUUUUACGAGUUGCGCCGAAUUUUGAAGAGCCCGUAAGGCGAGUCAAAAUACAAACAACGAGUAAAAAUACUGGGUGAUACUGCACACCAAAACGUCAGGAGCUCCUGAAACGUAAAAUAACUUAUUUAUUAUCCGACUGCUUUUUUUCUUUGCACUCUACUUAUGUGUUAUUCUUACUCUACUUUGUACAGUUGGAUAAUAGGGCGCCGUUAUUCACAGGUACUCUGCAUAAACAAUGCAAUGCCACGAAACUUCUCAUGUGAAUUUGCCCGUUUUGCGUAUAAUCUACACUGUGUUCCGGGAUUCCCGAAACCCUGGUUCCAAUCAAAAAUUCCUCUCACUGGUUGUCUUUCUAGAAGGCUUUUAUCCUUAUUUUCGACUUGUACCGGUCCAAAAUAAUUUUCGAUUACAACUUUCACUCAAAAGAAAUUAAACUAUUUCAAGUUUAUUUGACGUUUUGGUGAGUAGUAUCGCUGAGUAUCUUUACGAGUUGCGCCGAAUUUUGACAAGCGCGGAAGGCUAGUCAAAAUACAAACAACGAAUGAACUCAGUGAUACUACAAACCAAAACGUCAGGAGCUCCCGAAAACGUCUAAUAAGUUAUUUAUUAUCAAACUGCUUUUUUUCUGCUAAGUCUUUCUGCCCAUUUCUCAUAAGGCGGGAAAAGCAAAGCAGGUAGAAAAGGAUAGCACGCGCAGCCGACGGGUUUAUAAACAAGUUUUUUUUUUACAGUGCAAAAUCAUCAACUGUCCAAAAAACCGUACAAUAUCGUAGGAUGUUUGUACUCUACUCGCGCGUUAUAUUUACUCUUCUUUGUCCGUUUGGAUAAUAGGGCACAGUUAUUCGCAGAUACUCUGGAUAAACAAUGCAAUGCCACGAAACUUCUCUUGUGAAUUUGCCCGUUUUGCAUAUAAUCCACGUUAUGUUCCGGGAUUCCCGAAACCCUGGUUCCAAUCAAAAAUUUUUCUCACUGGUGGUCUUUUUAGAAGGCUUUCAUCCUUAUUUCCGGCUUGUACCGGUCCAAAAUAAUUUUCGUUAGAACUUUCACUAUUUCAAGUCAUUUAUGUUAUAGAAGGGACUUCACUCCUGAAGCAGUGAGCAUUCAACGGUACAAUAGCGCGUGCUUUCGAUGAAAGGGAACCAUUCGAAAGCUGCAACAAUUUUUUUACCUCUCUGCUUCCAAGAGGCCAUGAUGUAAUGUUACCAAAUUUAUCCUCGCUUGGAGAAAAAGUACUUCCGUUUUGGAGGGGUACAAAAAGCGAACGACCAAUCAGAUGACAGUUAGUGUAAUAUCAACCAAUCACGACCCGAGAAAAUACCUUGGACACCAUGUUUGAUUUAAAUAAGAGAUCGAAAGAAUAAUUUCAUCUAAAAGCUUUUAGUACUUCAGAGUGGUUGAUCGAUGGUCCAGCGCGGAAUUCUUUUGAUUUUGAUGAAAACUUUUGGCCAUUUGUCUAGCUUAAAACCUGAUCUGGUAUGCCUAAGCGUGGGGCUGAAGCCAGAGUGGGUGAGUAAUUUUCAUGCGCUUUUUUCUUCUGCCGACACUGAACUUUUCCCAAACUGGUUCGAAUUGUGCUACCUCAGCGUAAAAAUAAGCUAAGUAAAGAUUUCACGAGGAAUUGUUAAAAUGAUGCAAUUUCCUAUGAGUCCUUUUAAUUUGUCGAAUGAGGAAGCUUUGGGCUGUAUGUUGCUUACCAUUUGCUGAGCUGGAAGUGAACGAGUGACGGCCGAGUGCUUUGGUAGCCAAUUUGUAACUCGUGCGAAUCUGAUCAUUACUUGUGCUCACUCAUGAACAGUUCGAGUUAAAAGGCAAUUUUUCAGACAGUUUGUCCUUUUUCUUCCUUAUUAAUUUUAUGACAGGUCUAUUUUACCUCUAAGAAGGAUUCUUGGGCAGAUUCCUAGAUUUGCUUAUGUUUAGACAAUACAGCUGGUAGAGUAUUUUAAAAAGUCAGUGAGAGCUGGCCUUCACGAGAUUUGUAGCGUAAAUUGUUCUGGAUCAUAUGAAUUUUUUCUGCAAAUGUUUGUUGAGGGCUUCAAAUGCCCAAAACCUUUCUAAAACAGGGAAUUUGGGUAAUCCUUGGAGAGAAUUUACUUGUGAAGCUGGGAACAGUCUGACACUAACAAGAAAAUUAAACUACAGUAGGAUAUUAGGUACUUACAUAUCAACUCAACUUCAUGUUUAUAUGAUUCUUUCUCACAAAAAUAUUUAAUACACACAUUUUUUAGGAAACGAGGAUUCAAGUGGCCAUGGUGUGUAUGGUUUCAUCGGAGAUUUGAUUCGCGAAGGAAAAGAUGCCAAAUUUGUGAAUAAAAAGGGGCGCUAUGUCCUAAACUGGUCCAGUACCUUGGAGCGCUAUGCCAUCUACAAAUCCAAGAAAAAUCCUCAGUUUAAAAGCAAGAACGUUAAUAGGAGGAAGGCUAGCAAUGGUCUGAGGGCAGCCUUGCUCAACAUUUACAAAAAAGAUGGAGCAAAAGAGUACAAAGAAAGCAAAAAGAUCAAUGACAAGGAUGAAGUCAUAGAGAGACAGUUUCAGAUGCCACCUAAAGUGUUUCAGUCACUCUUUGGAUCUAAAGUGGAACUUUCAGAUGACAGUGAUCACGAGACAAGCAGCACAUCUUCAGAGGUAUAUGAUACAAACCCCACUAGAACUCAAGUAUAUUUAGGGCGGGUGUAUGCUACCUAGUAUUUUCAAAACUUGUGCUCUGUUUUUAGAUAAAGGAUAUUAUUUGAAGAGUAUUCCUGUGUCUAUAAAUGAUCACAACUAUUAUUUAUCUUACUGCCUUAGACAGACAUGGAGCAGUUUGUUUGUUUUAAUUAAUGUGUUUUGGGCAAGAUUUUUGCACAACCACCUACUUCAUUAUUCAGACAGUUCUUGGAAAAUGUAAAAAUGGGAGAAACAAGAGUUUGCCUUUGGGUCUAUGGCUUUGUUUUAGAAUAAAAAAAGUAUAUGACAAUACUGAAAUCUUCCAAUAACGCAUAGAAAAGGGGCAAUGUUUUAAUAUCAUUAUGGCAUCAGUUCAAACACUUUUUGCCUUAAAUUUAAUGCCCCUUUUUCUUUUUCAAACACCACUAAUUAAGGCUGAUGAGAAACUGCAAGCGUCACCUGAUGUAGGCGGGUCUCCUGACACAAGUGACACAGGUUUUGAGGAAGCCAUGGAUGUCUCUGAUGGUAAUAGUGACUUUAUAUUUUGGGCCUGUUUUGGAAAAUUGUUUGAUCAGGGUUUUAUCAUUUGAUCAUUCAUUUAUAAUAACCCUUUACACUCUUCCAUCAGUGUGUAUAUUCUCCAUACUAUUUCCAUAAAUUUUCUAAGAUGCUGACAAGGAGAAUUUUCUCAACAAUCAUGAGCAUUCACAGUUUGUAAUCAUUUCAUUUGUUCUUGUGACCUUAAUGUUUUAAUUUGAUUCUGUGGUGAUAUUUUAAGGAGAUAUUAGAUAUUUGUCACUCUUACAUGUAUGGGUUAAAGAGUUUAAAAUAUUUAUUUAACAAAUAGAGGGUCAUGUUUCUAAACUUGUAGAAUUUAGCCUUAAGGAAGCUAAGAGCAGCAACAGAUGUUGUUGCUAGAUGUAAAAGGUCAGGUGAUAUUGCACUUUGCAGUUACAUGAAUGACAUCAUGGUAUUGUCAGUAUUAAUAAUUUUUGACUGAUAUUUCAUUAGAUUUGCUCAACAUGAAUGCAACUGGUACAGCACUCCAGGACAACAUCAAGAGAGAGGAUCCAGUUGAUCUAACAAAUAUCGAAACUCCAUCUCAGGUAAAUAAAAAUCACAACAGCUGUAAUUGAUAUGUUCAUGAAAUUACAAUUACAAUGACAAUGGGACAAACUCCCAUCUCUCCCUUCCCCCCCCCCCCAUCACACACAUGCUGUGCAUGUUUAUUAUGCAUGUGAGAUUGGAAUGUUUAUUACAGUGAUCAAGUCUGAGAGACAGGCACUCGGUAGAAAUUGUUUUAGAAAAAAGUUACUACAAGAAAAUAAAUUUUUUUCUUAUCAGUUUAAAAAAAGUACACAUGGUUUAUCAAUUAUUUGUCAUGAAUCAUUUCAAACCCAAAGAUCCAAAUUUUGAUUCUCUGUACUUUGUUGUUCAUAUUUCUGAUACUUUUAGCUCUGAGAAUUUGUUUUUUAAUCCAAAAGUAACCCCUAGUUGACAUUUUGGUUCUUCUCAUCACCAUCUGGUUGAGAAUGUCUUGAUAUUUAUAGUGAAAGGUUUGAAAGUUUUCUACAGUAACUAUUAAAUAACCCUUGCCUUAACAGAUAUUUGGCAUUUCUGCUGAAGAUUUAGACUCAGCGCUGGAGGAAAUCUGUACCAACUCAGAUAAUGAUGUGGACCAACCUGGAGGUAUAUUUUUUAUAUGGUUUAUUAUUUAUUAUUUUGAAAAAAAUAAAAAGUUGAUUUCUUUUAUUUCCUUCUACAAAUUUUCCUUCUAAUCUAUUGCAGUGGUUCAAGAUAUUUCCCCAUCAUCAGGCUCUGUGAAGGUAAUUUUAUUAAUUUUAGAAAUUGUCCUGGUGAUCUGCAAAUUGAAUCAAGCGCAAGGAUGAAACAUUUAAAGAGCUUUGAUUGAUACAUUUUGGUCUGGAAAAAUGUUUUCUAUUUCAAAGUUAGAGUUGUUAUAGUGAACUGUAGAUUCUCUUUUUCUGUCAAUGUGUUACUUCCUACUCAGUUCUUUGCACUGGUAGCGAGGUUUGAUAUGUUUCAAAGAUUGUUGAUUUGGCUGAUAUGUGUGUUAAGCUUUCAUGCAUUUUAACUCAAGGGAGAAUAAAGGCGAAAGGUGUCUGGCUUUUAAACUUAUAUUAAUAAAUUCAGUUUGAAGGUUCAAAACAGGAUAAAACUAACAUUAUAUAUGGGCCAAGUCUCUUCUGUCUGAGCAUGUUCCCAUUGAAUCUUUAGCAUGUAGAGAUUAAAGGUAUUUCUACUCUUCUCUGGAUGGGAUGUGAAAUAAUACUGGACUGAUGCAUUGUGUGAUAGUAUUGUUAGAAGAGUGGAGAUUAUCUCCAGUAACCAUGUUCAAGAAAUAAUCAUUUCUAUGAUAAAAGAUGAAAAGUUCUUCUUUCCCCAUUCUUUACAAAGCUGAAAAUUUACCAUCUCUCUUCAUUAUUGAUACAUGUCUUGCUUUCAGGGUGGAAUUCAGUUCCAUAUAAUGUUGACAGAGGCGCUGCUUGAAAGUGACACAAGAGGUGUGGCACACUUUGAUGGAGUAGGUGAUGUCUUUUUGGAGAAGACCAACCCCUACACCUUCUCUGGGUUUGUUCCAGGUAAGUUAAUUGUUUGUCAAUGAAUAGUUAGUUAUUUUGUAGGAUGUUGGUUUAAACUCCUGUAGAUGAUAGCUUUAGCUCACUGUAAGGAACCCACAUCCCUCUGAUUAUCUGUCUGUCUGUCUGUCUUUCAUCUGGUCAAUUUAGUGUUAUCAACUGAGUUGAUAACAUAAAUUGUCAGUGUGAUGAAGGUCUAAUGCUUGAAAUGUCAGCCUUUAAACUAUUUACAGUGCCCAGUAUACAUUGUCAAUUCAGUUAAUAACACUAAAUUACUCUGUUAUACUCUCCUACCGAUGCUGGACCACAGUUUCUUUAGAAACUUACCCCUGUUAUUCUUUCAUCUGGUCAGUUUGGCCAUCUAUCAAUCUAUAUGCAUUUUCAUAAUUCUGUUACUCUAUAAAUAAAGUAAGGGUCUGGCUUGGAAAAAAAAGUUUUUAUUCCAUUUCAGCUGCCCAAGAAGCUGGACCUGUUCUUAUUACAGUCUACACUGAGGCUGGUCGAAAGCUGGGAAUUACAUACUUUAUGUAUGUGGAUGAGAUGCGGGAGACCUUAAAACAGCUCAUUGAGGACCCUGCUCAACUAUCAUUAUUCCUAACCAUGUGGUCCCAGGCACAUGGAAUCAUUGGAAGCAAUAGUGAUGUUGCACAGACUCUGGGUCUGUUUGGUUUACCAGACCAAGGUAUGUGAAUAUGAAAAUCAUGUUAGUGAACUGUGGAUUAAGAAGUGAAUUUAAAAGCAGUCUUAGCAGCAAUGAACACUAUUUGAUCACUAGUGAAAAUAGGGCCUGGAAAAGUAUUUAGGCCUUGGUGAUACGGGUACAGUGGCAUUGCAAGGGUCAUGGUUGUAAAUCCCGUAUUGGCCUGAAUUUUUGUCAGGCCUUAUAUAUUUUCACUACUGUUCAAGUGGUGUUCAUUUCUGCAAAGAUUGCUUUCAUAUUCAUUUAUUAAUCCGCAGUUCAUUUAAAUGGAUUUCAUAUAUUCACAGUCAUUUAGACCAAAGUAAGUAACAGAGGGUAAGAGUCUGUUCCUCUUUGAUCUUCAUCUUGAUAUCAUGGAUUUGGAAAAGACUGAUCCUAGACCAUUUGGAGACUUGCUGUACACAGUGAAAUAGUUACAAUUUAUCUAAAUCAAAUUUUAAAAUAAAAUUAUGUGUUAUUCACUUUUUUCUUUCACACAGGCCCAUUGCCUGACGCUAAACAGGGGCAGUCUCUUAGAGUCCUUCAGCUACUUGUUUAUACUGCUGCUCAAGAAGAUGCUCAACAGUUUUUACAAAUGAUCUUCAGUACCUCUGCUGGAAAAAUUGUCUUCGACAGUUACAAGGAUCGAACGCCUCUGCCAGAGGAUGUUGCAAGAGCCAAUGGCCAUGACGAGUUGGCAGAGUUCUUACAAGAUGUAAACAAGAGGUAAUUUAAAGUAAUAAUGAUGAUCACAUCUUGUUGUUUGUCUGGCAAUGUAGUCACAUGAUUUGAUUAAUGUGACAUGACUGUAUGCUUUGACUUACAAAAGUAUUUUUGAUUUUUAUUUUCAGAUUGUCAAAAGAACAUGACAGUAAUAGUGUCGCUUUGGGUACAAGUGACUGGUUAGAGUUAGUCCAAGCAGUUGACAAUAUUCAGAAACAGACUGGUGAGUAUCUUAUUCUUGAAGGCUGAGUUUGCCAGCAGGAAGUUAUAGCUAUUUAUUCAGGCACAUGAUUAUCCCAAUAGAGUGCAGGACUUUAAUGGCCUACACACUUAACUCACUGCAAGUUCUCUGCAAGUCAGUGGAAUGGUGUUGGAGUGCAAAUUUGAAGGCUUGGGGUUAUAUUUGUCUUGAUACGCUCAUUUUUUACCCCAUCGUUCCUUACAUUCCUCUAUUCUUUGAAAAAGUGACAAACUAAUCAAUUAAAAUUGUUGAAAUGUGUGUAAAAUGUAUUUAUUCCUUAAUUUUACAACAGUAUCUAAUGAUGAACAAGAAUCAUCAAGAAUGCAACCUAAGGAUGAUGAUAACCAAAGUGACUACUUUGCUGAUGCUGAAACUUCUUCUUGUGGUUCCCUUGAACUUAUUGGUGACUGGUCUGAUUUAGAAGAAGAGAAUGGUAAGUGAACUUUCUGUUACUGGAUACAAUACUUCCACUGAAUUCCUUUUGUAACCCUUUAACCACUAAAAUCUGCUUGUAAAACUCUUUUGUCUGUUUCAUAAGGACUGUACACUUUUCUGUGUAAAUCUUUCAUUAGAAUUUGGUGUUGCAGGUGUACUUCCAUAAGACUCCUUUUGACUGAUAAGGGAGUCAUUACCCAGUACUUUUUUGCUGGAUAAUGUACCAAAAUAACAUGGAUGUUGCUCAUUUUGCUUAUGGUGUGAGUUUGCUCUGUGACUGGUCCAGAAAGCUCAAUCCACCCUCUUAGCCAAUCAGAUGCAAAACUUAAAAACCAAUCACAACAUGGCCACUGGCAAUUUCUUUCACUCAAAGCAGUGUGCUUAUUUGUAUUGUAAACUCUUAUUGGCUCCAUGUGAUAUUUCCUUUCUUCUGAUUGGCUGUUGUGAAUACUUAUUUUGGUGGUACCACACUCAGUCACAAUACACUUUAUUAUGUUCACAGGGGCUUGCACAAAAGAUGAAGACUGUGAGAAUGCAACAAUUGAAACUGGUAUUGAUAAGGGUGCGUCAUUGCUUCGCUAUCCCCAAGAGGAACAUCUCAGGAUUUCCUUAGGAUUUUCGGAAGAAAAUGAAGCUACUGAGGAAUCUUUUGAGGAUGAAACCCAAUUGGGUAAUGGUAAGGACAACAUUGAGAGUCCUAGCAUCUGUGAGGAGUCCUCCGUUGUGAACUUCCCAGCUAAAAUAAAGUUGCGUCAAAGGAGUAGCUUCUUUUCGUUACCCAUCGGUAGACCCGCUUUAUUUUCAAGGCAUCAAGAGACUUGUUUCCUCCAAGCUGAAGAAAUGGGAUCAGUGAGCCAAAAGAAGGGAACUGAAAGGAGAGAUGACAGCGAUUCAGAGUGUAAAUAUGCAACAGAAUCCUUACGUCAGGAGAAAACGACCGAGCUUUACACAUCCCGAGAGGAAUUUCCAAAAAAUUCGUCACGAUUUUCUGAAGAAAAUGCCGUUACCGAAGAAUCUUUUGAAGAUGAGGCCGUGUUUGGUAACUGUCAGGACGACAUUGAGAGUCCUAGCAUCUGUGAGGAGUCUUCUGUUGAGAACUUCCCAGCUUACAAAAGGCUACCUCUACUGCGUAGCUUCUUUCAAUGGCUGUCCAGAAGAGAAGAUGAUUUAUCUGCAGAGCAGCAAGAUGUGUGUUCCCAAGCUGAAAGAAUGGGAUCAGUGGGCCAGAAUAAGGGAACUAAACAGAGAGAUGACGGUGGUUCAAGGCAAAAAUAUGCAGCAGAAUCCUCACGUCAGGAGAAAACGACCAAGUCAAAAAGUAAGAUUUCCACUUCAUCUUAUUUCUUAACAAGAUGUGUAAAGUGAAUAAGUGAAUUACAAUUAUGGUGAUAACGACAAUAACUACACUAACAGUGACAAGGAUAAGAUGAUAAUGAUGAUGAAAAGUAUAUUGACAAUGAUUGUGAUGUGGAAGUGACAAUGAAAAUAAUGCUUAUGAGAAUUGUAUCGUUUAAGAUAAUUUCAAACGAUGAGUUGUGAUUUAUCGUAGGGUUGUUCAUCUGCUUGAAAUACUUCUGGGAGUUUUGUUGAUUUAAACCCUGUUGUUUAACCUACAUAACGUAUCACGAUUCUUUGUUGACAGAGGAAUGGUGAAAAUCAUAAGGAUGUUUGUCCGUUUUAACUGUUUUUGUCCUAGUACUAACAGUAAAUACAAACACUUUUUUCGUAACAGAACAUCGACAACGCGGCCACUGGAUAAAGUUUGAGACAGCCUCUCGUGUGAGAUAUAUUCUGUUAACCGCUGCUUUGGUGACAGUAUUAGCAGGAAUCAAGCUUGGAGGUACGUGUGUUUUCAAACUUCAUAAACUUAGAAUGUUAAAUUACUUUCAGAUUGUAGGGCUCGGCCUCUUGAAUCAAACAUGCUUCAAGAAUACGAGGGGCGAUUCUCUGAAACAUUUUCAACAAUCUUCUCUCGAUGAAUCAUUGUUACUAUCCCAUAUUAAAUCACAGCUACGUUUUUAUCAAAGACAUUUCCAAUUUUUGUUGAGCAUGGUACGACUAUUCUCAUGAAUUUGCAAGGUACUUUAACUAUAGCAACGUGUCAAAAUACCCUUACACUGUGCGUGCUCAGUCAGUAACUUGGAUACAAUCGAGGUUAAGGGAAAUUUUCUCUUUCUGAGAUGCAACAAAUUUAACAUGCGCUAACUUUUUACCUUGUUUGUUACUAAUAGAGAGUCAAAUUCUUCAUUGGGCCGCUGGUAAUGGAUACACUCAGUUUUCCAAACUUUUACUGAAUUGUGGGCUGAAUGUGGAUACUCCAAAUUCCCGCAUGGAAACUCCUCUUCAUGUAGCAGCAAAAUUCGGCUUCAGAGAUAUCGCAGAUGUUUUGACCAAACUAGGAGAUAACGUCAACGCUAAGAGUUACCAACAGCAGACACCUCUUCACUUGGCCGUAUGGAAUGGUCACCAACAAAUUGCAGCAAUGCUAUUACAACGUGGAAGCGAUGCCCAACGAGGAGAUGUUUUUGGACGUACUCCGGCUCAUUUGGCUGCAAUACAUGGACAAGAACAAAUGUUAACAAAAUUAACUCAACAUGACAGUGCUUUGAAGGCUAGAGACAACUUUGGACGGACUCCCCUUCAUUUAGCUUCGGUUAAAGGAAUCGAGAGAGUGGUAGAACUCUUAAUCCGACUUGGGAGCGAUUUAAGUGCUCGAGAUAACUCCCAGAAAACUGCGCUUCACUUGGCUGCAGAGAGUGGACAGGAUACCAUUGUACACUCCUUGAUAAUGCAUGGAGAUGAUAUCCAGGACGGAGACCUCUUUGGCCAGACACCUCUCCAUUUGGCUGCUCAGACUGGGCGCAAAAACGUUGUGAAAUUACUUCUAGAACAUGGAAGCAUUGUUGGUGCAGUAAAUGUGUUUAAGGAAACCCCUCUUCACUUGGCUGCAGAGAGUGGAGAGAACGGAUACAAAGACAUUUUGAAGGAGUUGAUACAGAACGGCAGUGAUGUCAAUGCCGCAAAUAUAUUUGGACAAACAGCACUUCAUUUGGCUUCUCGAAAAGGACAUAAAAGCAUCGUAGAAGUUCUUGUACAACAUAAAAGCCAAAUAUUAGCCUUAGAUAACUCACGCAAGGCUGCUUUGGAUUGCGCUGUUGAAAGUGGCCAUCAAGAGAUCUUGGAAUUUCUAUAUCUCUCAUUAAGACAACGUUAUGUUAAAAUUUCUCGACAGACACCAUUGCAAAUCAGACAAGGUCCUCUCCAAGUUGUUACGUUGAGGAAAAGAAGCAACGAGUUUGAUGGAAACUCAAGUUUAUCGUCCUUUUUUCAUACAACGAUACCGUCAGACACUAUUACAAGUACCUCUAACGACAGCUAUGUAUGUGUUCCUCAUGACUGCCAAAAAUAUUCUCGUUUGUAUUUUAAUUUGCUCCCGCCUUGUUUCGUCGCAUGCAAACAGAGAAGAGGUGUAAAAAGAGAUGAAUACAAUCUUGAACUGAUAUCAUCAAACAUCCCCAUCUGUUCGCAAAAACACAUGCAAGUGUUAAAGAAGAAACUACAACGAGCGUGCCACUACCGCAAACCAGACAUAGAUGGAGAUGUAAGCAGUGGGCGAAGCUUCCUCGAACAUUUUGGACCAAAUGUCUUCAAUCUGAGCUGCAUUGACUUACGCCAAGGCCACAAAUGCUCUGGUUGCUUUGUUGCAGAUGAAGCGAGAGGCAGGCCAAAAAGGGUUCUGGAGCAAGAUGAAAACAUACGUUGUUCUUAUUACGCAGAACGCGAUCUUGAAUGUUCAACUAAUUUCCACGAGUUUGCCUUAAAAUUUGUCGUGAAACAAGUUGAAACAUUUCAUCCGUCUGAACAAUGCGGAAUCGAUGGUUCGCGACAACCAGAUAUUAAACCGCGGACGUUACUCAGUACCCAAUGCGACAGCCCUUGGAAGAGGUUGAUACAUAGUGUAGGAACCUCUUCAGGACCUAACUUGAGUAUUAGCUGUUUGGUGAAUCACCAUAUGAAGGAUUCAUAUUCCAAAGUUAUCAAACAAUUUUCAGCCGAAAAUGAAGGUAUACAACCAUUUACAAACAGUAGCCAGGAAGACCGAGCUUGCAAGGAAACGGCCGUAAAGUGUGGACACUUGCUUGUAAGACUGAGAAUGCCACCGGUAGAAGAGACGCCUCAAAACACUUGCUGAUCUCGAUUGUGAUUGGUUUGACAUUUAUUGCGACUAUCAUUUUAUUGCUUACAGAACAGAGAUGUUUCAAGAAUUAUUUUGCCAAGUUUUUAUUCAAUUCGCCCAAACCACGGAGAAACAACUGCCAGAAAGAGCCAGCUAACACGGAAAUCGGGUGGUCAGCGUACAUAUCCGCUUUUAAGACUGAGAAUGCCGGCGGAGAACGACAAGCUACUUACCACGAGACAAACAGAGUGAAACAUUUGCUAGUCACAAUUCAUUUUGCGAUCGUGGCUCUUGCGUCAUUUAUGGUGACUUGUAUAUGUCAUAUAUUCGUCAAAAUGUUCCCAAAAUUUACAGGUCCCAAGCCCUCUUCAGCGACGUUUAUUAUUCGACCUACAUCAAAACCCACAACAUCCACCAACUCGUCAAAUGGUAAAUUGAUUUUGAAUAACCAUGAACGUGCUUUUGAAUGUAUUCACCUGUUAUAGAAAGAAGCGAGGUUACAUGUACGUGCCAUAAACUUUUAGGUUAUAGAUAUACAGCAACUUUGGCUGACCGGGCUGCCAGACACUUCCCUUAAGAUUUGAUUUGAAAUUCUUCCCUUUAACUGUUACGCAUUUCUUUGUAAAUACUUUUAGAGAAUUGAUAGAUUAUCAGAGUAACAAUGCUGUUACUGAUGUUCUUCUAAUCUCAACACCAUUUUUAGUAAAACCCAUUGUUACUGUAGGGAGAGUUGAUGUGUUAAUCACCUUUGGGAGUUAAUUGACGAGACAGGCCAAAUGAGAGAGGGUCUAAGAUUUUUUUACUUAUGGCGUUUUACAGCCUUAUGCUUUUAUUUUCAUAAGCUUUUGUAGAAAACCCGCAAAUGUUUGUGAAAUAAGUUAAGAUCACCUUGUAUUGAUGGAACAGUGCAGAUUGGGUCUACCACAUUGUGCCAGUGGGUCCUUUGUAUGGUAGGAAGAAACGCUGAAUGACAAAUUAUGGAUUAAGACAUCCAAAACAGAGCAAAUUACUGUACAACACUCAUGUUCCAAUUUCUAUUCUUUUGUUUUCGACUUCCUGAUGAGCGAUUUGCUAUCAAUCACAUGCAUAAUUUAAUCCUUGCCAUCGUAUCAUGCUUAAUACUUAAUAAGUCAGUCUUUUACAACUAAAUUUCUGAAUUUAGACUGAGUUUUGUUCUAAAAAUCUUUUGAAAAUUUUAUUCCAUUGCAGAUAUCAAUUGGUUGCCUUGGAAAAACGAUCCACUUGAUAGACACAAACAAAGCAAGAGAAGAAACCAGCAGACAAUGCAAAAAGGAAAAGGGAAACAGGAAACAUGAGAUAUGAGAGAGGUAUGGUACCUUCACCAUGAGACACUAAAGAUUCUGUGGUCGAAGACUAGCUGAUCGUUGCUUACCAUUCAAUUUCCCAGCACCUUGCAUCAAAUACAAGUCUUAUUGUGGUCGUGAAAGUGACCGACCAGAGUGACCUGAAAUUUCCAAGUUACUCAGUAGUGGUUGCGGUGUCUCGUCUUGCAGUAUGUGAACAUGAUAAAGGGGAAUGCUAUCUUGAAAACUCAAGAAUGCUGGUUCUAUUUGCUGUACACUAGUCUCUACCAAGUAUUCAGCAAAAUAUUCGAUAACCAUAGAAACUGUUUCUGUAAUCCGGCAAACUCAUCUGUUUUCUUUUUUUUUUCCCCCGUAAUCCUAGCAAGAGACACUUGUCACACAUGAAACUAGUUUAUAGUCUAUCACACCAACGAACCAACGAGGUUUCUGUUAUUAAAACGUCUCCACCAAAUCGGAAGGGCGGGGCUUGAAGUUUCAUGGGUUACAGAGUUUUUUGUUUGUCCCACGAUCAGAACAAAAUUUUCAACAUCUUUGUCGAUGUACUGUAAUAGUUUUGAAGUUUAUUAUUUGUGAUUAUUUUUGGAUUAGUUUUUCAGAACAACACACAUUUCAGGAGUGAAAUUUGACAUGGCGCUCAGACGGUUCAUUCCAUAGAGCCAGAUUUGUCAGCAGCCUAAGAUAAACCUAUUUUUUAUUUUAUUAUUAAGCACAAUAGUUCUCAAAGCCGUAAAUAAGUUGUCGAAAAGACAACUAUAUGGAUGCUUGCAUUUGUGUUAGUUUGAAGAACUUUCACGAUAUGCCUAGCUCAGCAUUUUAUUUAGAGACGAUGCAGUUGUACAUGUGGAUUUUUAAAAAAACAAAAACUGUGCUCAGCAAUUAAUAGAACAAGACAAAGGAAUGUCUGGAAAAAAGCUUCCUUCUCCUCUCGUAAUAGUUUGUAAAGAAAAGGAGAAAUUGAUAAAAGUGAGAACAUUUGUACAUAUGAACACCUCAGAAGGUUAAAACGUUUUCAAAUUCUUUCUUUGAAUGAAAAAAUUUGCAAAAGCAAAUUAAAAUAUUACAAAAUUAUGACAUUGUUUACUUUCGUUCCCUUCGUAUAUCUUGUACCACUACGCCCUUACGCGCAGCCAAUCGCAAGAGUGUUAACAUUUUCAACCGAUUAUUGUCUAGUUUCCAUUUGGUGUCCCUGUGGUCAUAAUGACUAAAAGUUUCGCGGAUAACUAUUCUUAGGAAAGUGAUUUACUACUAAGCUUGGAGAGGUUCUUACAGGUUAAAAAUUAUUGGGGGUGGGGGGAAAAUCCUCUAUUAUUUUGUGGGGAAGAAAAGAAGAUACAAUUCGCAUAAGAAUCUCACUAAAUAAUUUGGUAAAUUCAAAUAUUUUAAUAUAGAUAAG